ACUCAAGAACCACUCAUUUUAAAUGCAAAAACUAUAAUUUAAUAGACAUUAAUGCAUUCUCAAGCAAACUGAAAAACAGUGUGCACAAAAUAUUUGUAAGAGAUUGUAGUGCAUAUUCUCAUAUUGUGUAUACAUAACAGUAUUUCUGAAGAAAAUUGUUAGAAUACAAUUAUCCAUCUAUAAUGGACAUGAAAAGUGCCCUAAUUAUAAAAUGAUCCACAUGUGAAUCAGUUAAAACUUUUAUUGUACAUUUUUCCAAUAUUGAAUAAAUAAAAAACUAAAUUUUAAAAUGUUUUCUGUAACAUUUUUGGGGGGUCUCAUUUUUCCUGUAAGAUUUUCUAAUCACAAAUAAAUAUUUUUCCUUAAUUUUACAGCAUUUCAAUUAUAUUUUACCCAAUAUAAAUAUCCUCUCAUUAUCUCAACUUUCAUGAGAGAAUAUUAAACCAGUGAUAUGAUUAUGUAAGCUCAGAAUUGAAUACAUUUCUUUAAAAGAUUGAUAAAAACUUUUAUUACACCAUCACCAUACCAACAUCAUACAAGCGUGUGUUAUUUAAUCUGCUAAAUAAGAACCUGUCAAAAGUUUAAUUUCACGACUUAUUUUGACCACAGCUACAGUGUAACAUGGCCAAAGAAACCAAGUAAUGAAUGUUUAGAAGCCAAACUAGGCCAUAGGUUGAGUUGCACAACCUCAAUGACGUUUAUUGCUUGUGGUGCCCUUGGACCCCGGAGUCGGUUUGUGGCCCUUGAGCUCUUCUGCGCAGCGGGAUCAGGACAGGAGUGAGAUUCGGGGGUUCGGAAGCAAGAUCUACUGUUUUUCUCAGUGAAGGAGUAUUAACAACUGCACUAGUCAUGGUGUUCUUCUGCGCGGAUCUGCUGUGCUGCUGCUGCUGCUGCUGCUGCUGGUCUCUGGUCGUUCUCGCGCUCGUCGCCGCGGUCCGGUUCUUCCGAGACUCCCGUCAGAUCACCGGCAUCCACGAGAAGCACGUCCUGGUGACGGGCUGCGAUAGCGGCUUCGGACACCUGGCGGCGCGGCAGCUCGACCGGCGGGGGUUUCACGUGCUCGCCGCGUGUCUCACGGAACCUGGUGCCUCCAGACUGCGCGCGUCCGCCUCCCCCAGACUCAAGACGCUUCUGCUCGAUGUUACCGACAGCGCGAGCGUCGAUCGAGCGCUGGAGCGCGUGCGCAGAGAGACCGGAGAGAGAGGUCUGUGGGGUUUGGUGAACAACGCUGGCAUCUCGGUCCCCAUCGGCCCCAUGGAGUGGAUGCAGUUGGAGGACUUUAAGAAGGUUCUGAAUGUAAACCUCAUCGGUCUCAUCGAGGUGACCCUGAAGUUUCUUCCUCUGCUUAAGAAAGCUCGUGGUCGGGUGGUGAACGUGGCCAGCAUACUGGGCAGAGUCUCACUCAUCGGGGGAGGAUAUUGUCUCGCUAAAUAUGGUGUGGAAGCCUUCUCUGAUAGCUUGAGGAGGGAUAUGAUGCACUUUGGAGUGAACGUAAGUAUCAUUGAACCAGGCUUCUUCAAGACACAAGUAACCGAUCUGAGCCUCAUUGAAGAUGAUCUGAAGAAACGGUGGAGCAACCUCCCAGCAGAGGUCAGGAGAGCCUACGGAGACUCAUACCUGCAGGACUAUAUAAAGGUGCAGGAGUUCUCCAUGAAGAUUCUGGCCAGUAGUGACCUUUCCAAAGUGACGUCAUGCAUGCAACACGCUCUUUCAGGACGUUAUCCCCGAACACGCUACAGUGCAGGCUGGGACGCCAAGUUCUUCUGGAUUCCCCUCUCGUAUCUGCCUACAUGAAUAGCAGACAUCUUCACCAACAUUAUAAUGCCUUCCACGAACAAGAGCUGAACAUUGCUACAAAAAAACUACUGCAAACAGCACUGCAGCUCAACAUAUUAAUACAAGCAUCUUUGGGACUAUUUGUCUUUGAAACUGAUUGCAGUGUGCAAAAAUUUUUAAACUACUCUGAAUCUUGAAAAACAAUUCUGCUAAUUUGCAAAAAAAAUCCUACUAUUA